AUGGCGGCCAUCAUGUUUGGCAAGCGGUUCGAACAGCAGAAUGUCUCGGGUCAUGUGACACUCAACGACGUGAUUGAGAUUGUCGAUCUUGUGCCGGCACUGUCUGCUAAACCUAGGGCAGCGAAUUUGUUCCCGUGGCUGCGGAAACUCAUGUGCUUCUUAGGCCUUGGAAUCUCGGCGAAGCCGAAGGAGGUCCUUGCCCGUCGAGAUCGCUUCACAGACGCUACCGAAUACCUCAGGAUUUCCGGUUACACCAACCCCUGCGGCACUAUCGUCAUCAGUUCGCUCUGGUCCAUCUACGACGCGUCGUUUUGGGGUGAUCCUGAUGUAUUCAGCCCGGAACGCUUCCUCGACGAUGGUGGUACGUCAGCCAAAAAACCAGAACGCCUGAUUCUGUUUUCUUACGGAAAGGGAUCAUGUCCCGGAGAGGCUGUCGCCAACAUGGUGCUGUUCAUCUACUUCACGACCAUACUGCUGCAUUUCGUCGUUGAAGCACGGCCCGACGACCCAGCUCACGAGUGUGUCGAAUCUCUUGGACUCUCACUUCGACCCAGUCUUCGUGGGCUCAUAUUCCGGCCCCGAAGAUCCGAUUCAUUCAGUGAUACAAUGCACGACAUUUGA